AAGCUAACGUUAGCGGACUGCAGUUUAGCCUGCCGAGGCUGCUGUGUCAGCGGAUAUUAAUCUCGGGACUCCGGCGUGGAUCAAGGGUGUAUAUACAUUAUGAAAGUUUGUGCCAACGACUCCGUCAAUCGUCUUCUCCAUUAACGAAGCUUCAGACGGCUAAUUUCAUCCCUUCGCUGAGUGAAGCAUCGGCCUGUUAAAUAGAGACUGUCUUUAAGUUGAGCGAGUCAUGGCCCAGUUUGGGGGACAGAAGAACCCACCAUGGGCCACUCAGUUCGCUGCCACAGCGGUAUCCCAGCCUGGCCACUCGGGGCAGUCUCUGGACCUCAACAGCCUGCACUCUCUUGGUGUGCAGCAGCCGUCUCUGCUGGGUGCGUCUCCUUCUGUUUACUCUCAGCAGUCAGCCUUGGCUGCAGCCUCUCUGAGCAAUCAAUCUGCUGCAAAUUAUCAGCUGUCUCAGCAAACUGCUGCCCUGCAGCAGCAAGCUGCAGCAGCUGCUGCAGCAGCACUUCAACAGUCUCAGAUUAAUACAGCCCUCCAGCAGUAUCAGCAGCAACAGCAGCAACAGCAACAACAGCAGCAGCAACAACAGCAACAGCAGCCUCCUCAGCAACCCCCUCAACAGCAACUGUACAAUGUACCUCAUCAGCUCCCACAGCCUCAACAGGCACUCAUUUCUCAGCCCCCUGUCGCCUUGCCCACCAGUCUGAGCCUGUCCAACCCCCAGCAGACCGCCCAGAUUACUGUGUCCUACCCAACUCCACGCUCAAGUCAUCAACAGCAGACACAACCCCAGAAACAGCGAGUCUUUACUGGUGUCGUCAACAAGUUGCAUGACACAUUUGGCUUUGUGGAUGAAGACGUCUUCUUUCAGCUAAGUGCUGUAAAGGGGAAGACUCCACAAGUUGGUGACAGGGUCCUAGUGGAAGCUGUGUACAACCCAAACAUGCCCUUCAAGUGGAAUGCUCAGCGCAUCCAGACCUUACCUCAACUGGCAAAUCAGUCGCAUCAGCAGCAGCCUCAGCCUUUACCUCAAGCUUCCCCACAGCUCGGCAGCCUUUACAAUGAACCAGGGAUGCAGCUGCGCUACUCAGAAAUGCACUCUACUCCGGACAACAGACAAAAUAGUCAGCCUCAACCUCCUAACAUGAUGAAACCGGCACCCACCAUGCUGCAGUCUCUACCUCCCCCAACUUCAUUCAGUGUUCCAGCCCAGGCUCCCCCUCCCUCAUUACUGCAGGCCCAGCUCUCUGCUGCCUCUCUGGCCCCACUUCUUCAAAACCCUCCACAACCUCUGCUGCCACAGCCUCCACCCAAGGAUGUGUUUCCAGGAGGGCUGCUUCAACCCCCAGUUAGAAUGAUGCCUCAGCCACAGCCGGUACGACGGAUUGAGCCUCCACCUCGCUUCCCCAGUCGCAGUGAUCGAGGCCCAGAGCUCAUUCUCAGAACUAAAGAGGAACGCAGAGACAGAGACCGUGAACGCAGGCGUUCAAGAGAACGCUCACCCACGCGCAAACGUUCCAGAGACCGCUCUCCAAGACGGGACCGGUCACCUCGGCGGCCUCGCAGGGUGAUGCUUCGCUACACAGUCCAAUUCUCAAAGUUCAGUUUAGAUGGCUCUAGCUGUGACAUGAUGGAGCUGAGGAGGCGCUAUCAGAGUCUCUACAUUCCUAGUGACUUCUUUAAUGCCGUGUUCACCUGGGUGGAUGCCUUCCCUCUCUCACGGCCCUUCCAGUUUAGUAACGCCUGCAACUUCCAUAUCAUGCACAGAGAGGUGGAUCCUUUAGUCAAGAACACAGCUGUGCUGGACCCACCGGAUGCUAAUCACACCUACAGUGCAAAGGUGAUGCUCCUGGCUAAUCCCAGCAUUGAGGAGCUCUAUCACAAGUCCUGUGCUUUGGCAGAGGAUUCCCAGGAGGUCAGAGACUCCUUUCAGCACCCUGCCAGACUCAUCAAGUUUUUGGUGGGCAUGAGAGGUAAAGAUGAGGCCAUGGCCAUUGGUGGCCACUGGUCUCCCUCUCUGGAUGGAGCUGACCCAGAGAAGGAUCCCUCAGUCCUUAUAAAGACAGCUAUACGCUGUUGCAAGGCACUCACAGGCAUAGACCUUAGUCUGUGCACUCAGUGGUAUCGUUUUGCAGAGAUUCGCUAUCAUCGGCCAGAGGAGACACACAAGGGGCGGACAGUCCCUGCUCAUGUGGAGACAGUGGUUUUGUUUCUUCCGGAUGUUUGGCAUUGUCUUCCUACCCGCUCAGAGUGGGAGGUGCUGUCACGGCGACUCCGGGAGCAGCUGGCUGAGAAGCUGUCGGCCGAGCGAAAGGAGGCGGAUGGAGAACAGGAGGAAGACGAGAAGGAUGACGAUGAGUCAAAGGACGUUAGUACUCCCACUCACUGGUCUAAACUUGACCCGAAAUCCAUGAAGGUGAACGACCUGCGCAAAGAGCUGGAUUGUCGUUCUUUGAGCUCAAAAGGCUUAAAGUCGCAGCUGAUCGCCCGCCUCACCAAGCAGCUGAAGGUGGAGGAGCAGGUGGAGGAAUCCAAAGAGCCCGAAAAAACAGAGAGCAAACCUGUCGAGGAAGAGGAGCCAAUUCGCACUGAGGAAGACAGAGAGGAGGAAGAAAGGAAGAGGCAGGAGGAACUUGAGCGCCAAAGGAGAGAAAGGCGCUACAUUCUUCCUGAUGAGCCCACCAUCCUCGUUCACCCCAACUGGGCGGCCAAGAAUGGGAAGUUUGACUGUAGUGUCAUGUCCUUGAGUGUGCUACUGGACUACAGGCUGGAGGACAACAAGGAGCACUCUUUUGAAGUGUCCCUUUUUGCUGAGCUGUUUAAUGAGAUGCUACAGAGAGACUUCGGCUACCGCAUUUACAAAGCCCUCGCUGCCCUUCCUGCUAAGGAUGAAAAGAAAGAGAAGGAGAAGAAGGUCAAAAAAGAGGCAGAAAAGAAAGAUGGUGAAAAACGCGAAAUGAAAAAGGAAAAAGAUGAGGAGAACGAGGAGCCGUCUGCAAAGAAGUCCAAAGAGGAUGACGAGGAGAGGAGGAAGUACGAUGACAAGGUGGUGAAGAAGGAGGAGUCUAGAGAUGAAGAUGAGAAUGAAGACGAUAGCAGCACAGCCAAUGCCGAGGAAUACGACCCUAUGGAGGCUGAAGAUGCAGACGAUGACGAUGAUGAUGAUAAAGACGAUGCCGACUCCAAUGACAGAGACAGGAAGGACCGUAAGGAUGACCGCAAGUCAUCAAAGGAGAGGUCAUCCAAAGACAAGGAGAAGAACCAGAUGGUCACACACAACAAGGAACUGCUCUUGGCGUUCGUCUACUUUGACCAAAGCCACUGCUGCUAUUUAAUGGAGAGGGACCUGGAGGAGAUCCUAUACACACUGGGGCUGCACCUUUCUCGAGCGCAGAUAAAGAAGCUUCUGAACAAACCAGUGGUACGAGAGUGCUGUUACUACCGUAAACUGACAGACAGGGGAAAAGACGAGCCUGUGCCUUCUGUUAAUGACACUCAGAUUGAAAACCUCUUAGGUAACAGAGGACUACUUCCUGCUCCUAAAGCUCGUCCUCAGUCGGAGGCCAGUGAGUCCGGUAACCUGAUUGUGUACAACGGUGCCAUGGUCGAUAUCGCCAGCAUGAUGCAAAAACUGGAAAAGAGCGAGAAAGCAAGGGAGGAGAUUGAGCAGAAACUCUUCUUGCAAGAUGCCAAAAUGGAGGAAGACGCAAAGGUGAAAGCGCAGCUCGAACAGGCCAACAAGGCUUUGAGCCGAGAGCUGGAGGAGGUGAAAACCAGUCUGAGCCAAACGGAGGAGACCCUGAAGGCCACGGAGGAGAAGAAGGCCGUCUACCACGGCCACAUCAACAAAACGUCCAACACGCUGUUAACCACCGUCAGAGAGCUGCUGGCGGUGCUCAAAAAGGAGCCUGAAAUAGAAGAAGCUGAUAAACUGACGGGUGAUCUUAUCCAAACUAACGGUGCUGAUGAAUGAAUGACACUUUAAGUCAAUGAGGCUUAACUUUAAUCACUUGUAAAUAUUCUCUAAAAUCAUGAGUUUUUUUGUUUAGUUUUUUUUUUGGGGGGACCUAAUGUCUCCUUAAGUACAUGUGUAAAUUUGUUCCUUUGUUUUCUUUGUAUAGACAUGGUUCUGUUUGUUAUCCAGACUAAUUUCAUCGGCAGAGCGUUGAAAAGCUUAUUUUCGUAGCUAAUUUUCAAAGCUAAUUUUUUCUUCUUGUUUUUUUUUGCUAUUGCUUUAAAACGCCUGGUGUAAAUUUCUGCCAGUGUGUGUGCGAUUGUUUUCUAAUGAGCAAUAAUGAUGCUAUUUAUGUGCGAGAGAAUUCAGAUUAAACUAUAUUUAAAGAGACUAAUUUUGGACAAAAAAAGGGGGCGGGAGGAUUUCCAAGUGCUCCGAACAGAAAUAUCCAUCAUCUGCAUCUGCUGUUGAGCGACAAAACACUGUCGCAGUUCUUCGUCGUGGCUAUGCAUGGUUCCUGCCUCUCGGACCUUUUUUGCCGUCUGCACCGUUUAAUUUUUCCUUUUUUAAUUUUUUUUUAUUUUUUGGGCUGUUUUCCACCAACUCCUGAGCUGCAGUUUUAGUGUUUUCGUUGGUCAAAGAAAAAAAAAACAAAACUACACAUUGAACCAAAAGAUAAGCUCCAUGAAUGUGUGUUCUGCUGAAGGAAGACUUUGCUGCAACGGUGUGAACACUCUGAAGUCCAUCUGAACUGAACUGUGCAUUGAUUUGGGUUGUCGUAGGAAAGAGCCACAAUUAAAGUCAAAUGCGCUCAAUGCAGGCAAUUUUAUUUUUCUAUUGAAAAUGUACUCUACGGAUGUCUUGUGUAAGAGUAAAGUGGUUCAUUUUAACACUG